ACUUUGACAGUUAAAAUGACAGAUUGUUUUCUUAUUUGAAUUUUUUACUACAUCACAAAGAAAAAUGGUCAAGUUCAGAAUUUUGUACCUAUAUUUUUGGUGUAUUUUUACAAAAACUGGUUUGCCUACGCACAGCAUUAGAAGCAGAUGUUCAGCUUUUCAUCCGUAGCAUAGUUUUAAUAUUUUUUUGUAGUCCGUUUGAUCUUUGAUUUUUUUUUUAUCGAUAUCGGUAGAACUACACUAGGUUAUAAUGCCAACAUAAUCAUAGUUAAACAGAAGGUCAACCAACUAGAAUAUAAUUAUUACAGGUACCUAUUUACUUACAAGAAAAAAAAAGCAAAGCAGUUUUAAUUGUCAAAAAAUUUAGUAUUUGAAUUCUUAUGUAGCAAAUUUGAAUCCAUUCUCAACAAAACCAUUAUUACAUAGAGUAUUUUUUCAUACUUAUGGCAUUCAAGAAUUUGUGUGAAAUAAACUACCUGAAGAUUGAUUCACUGACGGUGACGUGAGACGUGCGGUUGACCAUCUGUGUUAUUGGUGGAAUCAUUCCUAAAAAUAGCUUCAAGAUUGUAUUGCAUCACUGAUUUGUGGUUACUUUGUUGCACUUGGUAUCGAGUUUGUGUUAAUUUAAAAAUAUUGUUCAUCUUGCUAUUGAGAAAUGGAAAAAAAUGGAAAUCCACCCCCAUACCAAUGGGGCAUAAGCCACACAGUCCAACCGCCACCAGCAGCUCCUCCAAGCUACUCCCAAGCUGUAGGUGGAGUCGGACCCUCUAGUCCAUACACGCCACAGUAUCCUCCUUCUGCUGGUCCUGCAAUAGUGACUACAGUGGUACCUGUAGGCCCACAUCCCACUCAUAUGAUAUGCCCCAGUUGUCAUGCUGAAAUAGACUCUGACACUCAGACCAAGCCAGGUCUUAUUGCCUACAUUUCAGGAGCUAUUAUAUGUCUACUAGGGUGUUUCUGUGGUUGCUGCCUCAUUCCCUGCUGCAUAGACAGUUGCAUGGAUGUCCAUCACAAAUGUCCCCACUGUGGGACAUAUUUAGGACGCUAUCGACGAUGAAUACACCCAUUACAAUCAACAUAUUUCUUAAUAGGUUUUGUGCAGCUUAUGUAACAGUUUAAGAAUUUAAUAUUAUUAUUCUUGCUUGCCUUGAUAUCUCUAACUUGUUUCAAAAACUGUUUCACAACAGGUCUUCCACAUUUUGUCACAAGUAUAUAUUUUAUGGAUAAUAUGUGACCAGAAGUAGUAAAAAUAUCAUGAGGUUGGAGCUAAUUUUAUACAUUAAUCCUUUUGCUAUGAAGUAAAACUGAAUAUAAUGACUACAAAUCAUUAUGAAGCAAAUAUAUUCCUAUAAUGAAAAUCAGUUUUAAUAAGAAUCAGACCAGAUUUUUAGAACAAUAUACUUAACAUAAGAAUUUCAUAUGAUAUAUAAAUAAAUUGCAGAAAUAAAGCUGUUACCAGUUCCAUAAGUGUUGUGUCCAAUAAUGAUUGUUGUGUGUCUGCGUGUAAUUCAAUGUAUUAAUCUUUUCAUUGAUAUUAAUUUAAAGUAACAUUUUUUAAUAUGAUAUUAUAGCUAAUAAGCUAGCUAGUUGGGUGAAAUCUUAUAAUAAUUUGUGUAUUAAUUAUUUAGGUGUAAGUAUUUAAAAAUGUAUUUAACAAGUAGAUGAAUUUAAAUAUCUGAUAAUUUAAAUGUGUUCAAACUAUUGUUCUUCUACUCUUGUUAUAAGAAAUAUCCAAUUAAUUAUUAAGUUAUUUAUUAUCACAUGUCAAACCAGUGUUAAAUGAUUUGUGGUAAAAUAAUUUGUGCUUCACUCUUGCAUAUUUAAUUAUUUUGGAAUAAUUUGUAAAAAAAUAUACUAGCUCUGCUGUUUAAGAGAUCAUUAUUAUUGUGUUUAUAUUUGUACAUUAAUUUAUGACAUACUUAUCAGUUCUUAGACCAAAUGGCAUAUCUACGAGUAUCCUAAUAAUUUUAUUGAAAUGCUUUUGUAAGAAGUAGCUGUAUGUAACAAAACAAUUAAAUCUGUUGUUAAGGUAGGUAAGUAAUGUUCAUUUGUUAUGAGCAUUUCAUAGAAAAUCACAAAAUUCGAAUCUCUGACUAUAUUAGUCUAAAAAAUCCUGGAUGCCUUUUCAUUAUUGAUAUUAUAUAGGUAUAUUGAUCUGACAACUAAUACAUACCUUUGCUUACUUUUAAAUUUAGUAUUUUAGUUUGACUUUAAUACCACUUUUAAUUUGGAAAAAGUACAAUUUAAUAAACUGAAUUACUAAAAUGAAGGUCUAUUAGAUCUUAUAUAGCAAUAACAAUGCUGAUGUCUAUAAACCUAUCUAUCACGACUUAACAGGUAGUUUGAUUGGUAUCAAUUUAUUCCAUCUUAUAGAGGUGGUUAUCUUUGCUUAUCUUGGAGCCCACAUUUUUAUUACCAGGCCUAUACCUACUACAUUUUGCUAAGUAUAUACUUAAACAUAUCUACCUCCAGUCUAUGAAACCGAAACACUUUAUUGUUAUCCUAGUGACGUUAAGAACACCAGUUUGCAAAUUGCUUCUUGUAAUUUUAUUAUGCGUUAUAAUAAUGGGAGCAUUACAUUAUUUUAUAUGUUUCAAGCAAAAGAGGGUCCGGUUCCAGUUGACAGAUUGGACUCUGUUUACGUGAAACGAAACAAUAAGUACACAAUAUUGUACAUAAUUUAUUUUAGAUAUUUAUUGUUAUUAUAAAUGUUUAGAUGUAUCUUACAUUAUAUUAAUAUAAUAUAUAUACUCAAUGAAAAUUAAAUGUAUUUUCUGGUACUAUACAUACCUAUUACCGAGGUAAGAUGAUGACCAGUGGUUUCUUUUUCAUUUCUUUUAAUGAAGUAGGUUUUAGAUUAUUAACUUCCUAAUUUUAAGACUGUGACACCCCAUAGGUACCUAUAUCAUUUUGAAAAAAAAUUUCGGUCUAAUACUGAUAAAAUUAAAAAAGUUGACCAAAAUGUUCUAUAGCUUUAACAAGAUACUCGAAAUUACAAAUACAAAAGUUUCAAAGUAUCAAAUAAAAUAUGUAGGUACUUAAUUCAAUAUGAGAUCAGUACCUACCUAUGUAGGUCUGGCACCUCCAAUAUAUUGUUAAAGGUACCAUGAACAUAAAACUUAAAUUUUAAAAAUUAAAGCUAACAACUGAUCAGCUUAUUAACAUUACACCACAACUUGGCAUUACCCUUUUGCUUAUUAAAAGAUUAAAAAAAUAUAUGAGUAUUUGGAGGAAUCAGAAACCACCACAGAACAAAUGUGUUUCAUCGAUGAACGCUUCGACGAAAAAUUUUUCGUCAUUAGGCGAUCAUUCAAAGAGAAGUAUUGAAUCUGAAUGUUCUGUGGUCCAAUCGCCGGAUCGCCCUGUGACGUAAAGUUAUGUCGUCGAAUCGUUCAUAGGUCAAGGUCAACUCCCGAGUCCGAGACUAGUCUCGAACGCCUUGGAAAUAAUAUUUAUUUUUUUAUAUCAUAUAAAUAUAUUUUCAAAUUUAGAUUUCAAGGAUUGAGAAGACCCCUACUUUCUCUCAUCUUAAGAAUUUAAGUAAAAGUAUAACAAAUAUCUUCUCCUAUGCAGCGCCAAAGUUGUGAAGGUUUUACGAUAUCUCGGGUUUUUAAUUCAAUUGUGAAUAAACUUAUGUAAUAUUCUUACUCCGUAUUUGUUAUUUUUUUUACACCCGUCCAAAGAAUUUACACCAUUUAUCUAUCAUUCCCGACGUGUACCUAUUCAUUUAUACAUUUACGAGGGUCAAACUGAAAAUUUU